GCCCCGCCCCCUUUCCGUUCUCCUCCAUAUUCAGAUCCCGCCCCAGUAGCAUUUCCCUCCUGAAAGGAGGGUGGGAAGGAGAGAGGAAGGUCAGAAGCAAGAGCCAGACUAGAAGCGAGAUUUUGUGGAAUCUACUGUCCACCCCUCGCUGAGCUGUUUGGCUUUCUGGGGAGGGAUAUUUUCAGGUGGUUGUUUUUUGGCACACCUCUGUUAAGCCUGUUGCCUUUGGCCAUACCCCUUGGGAAGUGGAAUGUGCGGACCCAGCUGAGCGAGGCGGAGUCGGGGCCGGACAAGGGCAUCAUCCGGUGGGCUCUGGAGCUGCUCCCCGCCUGCCUCCCCUUUAGUCCCACACGUGCGAACCAUCCCCACUCCUGAAGCUGCUCUGACCCCACCCCACCGUGUCUUCAGCUUAGCCCGAUAUGUAUGACCGAGCACCUCGGGAGACUACGCUGGCUAAUGUCACCAGCACUGACGUGCACGUGGGGCCUGGCUCCUAUCAGGUGGCCAAGAAGCACGAAGUGGCAGAUGGCUAUGCUCCAUUUCUUUCUUUGGCAGCUCGAGAAAGUACUUCUCUUGAGGAGGAUGCCCCAGGACCAGCUCACUACAAUAUUGCAAAGAUAAAGUACAAUAUAAAAGGAGGCCUGAGUCUGAAAAACAGAGAGGCACGGUUUAAGAAGUUUCGUUCAGAUAAUCCAGGACCUGGAACCUAUAAUCAGGCUUGUUUUGGAGCCUUGCAGAUAAUAAAUAGGACAAUGAAGGAUGUUAAACAGCGCUGUCUUUUGAAAGCUCCAAGAAUAUUUAAAGUUGCCAGAAAUCUGGAUGUACCUUCCAUUCCUUCCCCUGGACAGUCACAUGGUUAUUAUGUACAAGCAGACGGCUCUAUACUAAGACAGAGUCCACCUUUUGUUGAUAAAACACUGGGUCCGGCAUUCUACAAACCAUUAUUUGAUGCUUCAGAUUCAACUUUGAAAUACAAAGGAAUACAUUUUGGCAACCAGUCAGGAAGACGAGAUGUUCCGAUACUGGAAGGGCCUGGUCCUGGGGAGUAUGAUAUAGUUCAGGAAAGUGCACUGCAUUAUGAGAAUGUUAAUAUCAAGAAAGAAGAUAAAAUAAAAACUUGUCCUUUUCUCCCUCGUUAUCAUGAGGUAAUAGUACUACAAGAGGCAAAAAAGGGAGUACCAGGACCUGGGAGUUAUGAUAUUAAAAGGCAUUUUGGAGAUGUAGACGAUAUAACUAUAAAUGAAACACAUCCUGCUUUUCUUUCACAAUGUCAGAGAUUUGUACCUGUGAAAUCAUUCACUCCUGCUCCUGGUACAUAUGAUGACCAUCGAACAGCUCUUGAGAGCUUGAAGAAGUUACCAGGAACAAAAAGAACCCCCUUUGGUCGGACUUCUAUUCGCUUCACACCAGACUAUUGUCUCACGGCAACACCAGGUCCUGGGUGGUAUAAUAUUUUAAAAGGAAGUUCUCCAAUUGAGAAUUUAGAAAAUCAGAUAAUGCAGAGAAGAAAUAAAAGUGCAUUUGGAUCUUCUGCUCCUCGAAAAUUCUUUGCUAUUAAAGAAGAAGACUUUCCAUUUCCUGGGCCAGCUGAUUAUCAGAUUAUAUCAGUGCCUCAAGAUUCACUGAGGAGGUGUAAGGAAUCAGCUACCUUCAUGUCAAAAGUAGAAAGAAAACAUAAAAUAACAGUGGAUACUCCACCACCAGGCUACUAUGACAUUCAAAAAUCAUUUGACAAAUCAUAUGGCAAACCAAAAUAUAUGCCACCUCGCACUUGCAUGGCCAGAAAGAUGCAUAACUCUUUCCUAAGUUCAUCUCCUAGGAUUUUAGAUAUAAAGAAAGAAGGGCCAGGACCUGCUACAUACUAUCCAGUUCUCAAGACAUCUUCCAAAUUGUCCUUUUUUCCUAAAGAAGAAAGGCGCUUUUUGGAACCUAAGUAUCUUACUCCUGGUCCUGGGACUUAUAAGCUAAGUAAAGUUUUCAGAGACACUGUGCUUAAAGGAACGUUCAAUGCUACCCUAAGGAAUCCUUUAUUGACUCGGGUGGAAAAUGAAUGUAAGGACCACACGAUCAAAAUACAAUUCCAACCGGGGAGUAAACCUGCUUUUUAAAAUGUUUCUGAAUAGAUCCCCAAUGGAUAUGAGUAUAGAAGUAUCAGGAAAAGGGGUGAUUUAUUCAACGGAAGGAAAUAGCACAGCAACAAUGGAGGCUGGUCCCAAAUAGAUCCUUUAUGUUCUACACAAGAUAGCCCUGUGAUGAAGAGUGGAAUGCUGGGACUUGGGAAUAACUUGAAAUCAAGUCAGAAUUCAGACAUUAGCUGUAUUAAACCAGGGAAGUCAUUUAAUUUGUCUGCUUUUGUUUUCUCAACUAUAAAGUAGGGAUGAUAGGCAUAAUAGGCACUUAAUAAAUACUGAUUCCAUCCCUCCUUCCUUCCUUCCUUCCUUCCUUCCUUCCUUCCUUCCUUCCUUCCUUCCUUCCUUCCUUCCUUCCUUCCUUCCUUCCUUCCUUCC